UUACCGCCAUUGCCAAUGCGAAUGCCAAAGCUCAAUCUUAAUAACAAACUUCCUUACAACCUUUUUGCAUUUUACAUUUCUAAUUUCUCUCAUUCCAAACCCCAAUUCUAUUUCGCUUUUCAAUCCACUUCAUCAAUGCUUCAAUUCAAAGAAUGUGUACCUUUUUCUUAGGGUGUGGAAUGUCCUUUUGCUUGCAUUAGAAAAGGGACGGUAGCAUAAAUUUGGAUCAUGAUUGUAAAGGAACAUCCUGUUGGGACUGAACUGGCAAUGAGUAAUGUUAUUGGGGAGGAGGAAAUAGAUUUUUCUUGUGAUCCAUACAUAGGGUUAGAAUUUUUGUCUGCAGAUGAUGCACUUAAGUUUUAUAUAUCAUAUGCUAAUCGUAUGGGAUUUAAAGUACGGAUUGGUCAACUUUAUCGGUCGAGAACUGAUGGGUCUGUUUCUUCUCGAAGAUUUGUGUGUUCGAAGGAGGGACAUCAGCUCAACUCGAGAACUGGUUGUCCAGCAUUCAUAAGGGUACAAAUAAAUGAUUCUGGAAGGUGGGUUGUUGAUCAUUUUCACAAGGACCAUAACCAUAAUCUUGUUGAAACAGAAAGUGAAAAUUCGAUUCCAAAAUUGCAGCCAAAGGCCGCUGCAGCUGUUGAUUAUUCUACUGAAGUCACUCGCAGGCCAAGGAAAAAAUUGCUUGAAGUAGCCAAUGAUGAACCUAUUUGUUCCUUUGGCGUUAUUAAUUUCAAGCGCUUGAGAAAGGAAGAGCUUGAAGGACAGCCUAGGAUUGAACCAUAUGUUGGUCAAGAGUUCAGUUCCCCUAAUGAGGCCUACCAAUUUUAUCAUGCUCAUGCAGCGCAUUUGGGUUUUGGAAUUCGAAUUGGUCAAUUGUUUCGUUCUAAAAAUGACGGGUUGAUUACAUCCCGACGCUUUGUGUGUUCAAAAGAAGGGUUCCAGCACCCUUCAAGAGUUGGUUGUAAGGCUUACUUAAGGAUCAAGAGCCAACCAUCAGGAAAGUGGGUAGUCGACCGUCUUGAAAAAGAUCAUAAUCAUGAUCUAGGCCCUGAAAAGGAACGCGAGACAAAAAGGCUUCCUGCUUCUAAUAUUCUGACUGAGGAUGUAAAUACUGAAUUGGUGAAUGGCGACAUAUUUAGGAUAGAUAACUACCCUGUCCUAAAAGGAGGUAGACAAAAUCACAUUAGAAGUGAUUGGUACAACAUGCUUACAGAGUAUUUUCAAUCAAGACAAGCAGAAGAUACAGGAUUCUUUCAUGCCAUGGAAGUUGAUAAUGGUAAUUGCAUGAGCAUAUUUUGGGCUGAUGGCAGAUCUAGAUACGCAUGUAGUCAGUUUGGCGAUGUCCUUGUUGUAGACACAUCAUAUAGAAAGAGCGUCUAUAUGGUACCAUUUGCUACUUUUGUUGGAGUUAACCACCACAAGCAACCUGUGCUUCUUGGAUGUGCUCUAAUUGCUGAUGAAUCUGAAGAGUCUUUCACUUGGUUGUUUCAGACAUGGCUUAGAGCAAUGUCUGGCCGGCAGCCUCUGUCAGUAAUAGCUGAUCAAGACGUUUCAAUUCAGAGGGCAAUAGCAAAAGUCUUUCCAGUAACCCAUCACCGCUUUUCGUUGUGGCAAAUUAAGGCAAAGGAACAAGAGUAUGCAGGUUUGCUGGGUAAUGGAUUCACAAAAGAUUAUGAAAAGUGUGUUUACCUGAACCAGACGGUUGAUGAAUUUGACACUGCAUGGAAUGCUCUACUCGUCAAAUAUGGAUUGAAGGACAAUGAUUGGCUAAAAGAAAUGUAUGAGAAGCGUGCAUCCUGGGUUCCAUUCUAUUUAAAGGGCACAUUUUCUGCUGGAAUUCCCAUGAAAGAAAGCAUGGAAUCAUUCUUUGGUGCACUUUUAAAUGGCCAAACACCUCUCACAGAGUUCAUUCCACGGUAUGAAAGAGGUCUUGAGCGACGUCGUGAAGAAGAAAGAAAAGAGGAUUUUAAUACUUCUAAUUUUCAACCAUUUUUGCAAACUAAAGAACCAGUAGAAGAACAAUGUAGAAGGCUUUACACUCUUGCAAUAUUCAAAGUAUUUCAAAAAGAGCUUUUGCAGUGCUAUAGUUACCUUGGGUUUAAAAUCUACGAAGAAGGUCCCCUCAGCAGAUAUUUGGUGCGUAAGUGUGGAAAUGAGAUGGAGAAGCAUGUUGUUACAUUCAAUGCAUCCAAUCUUGACAUUAGUUGUAGCUGUCAGAUGUUUGAAUAUGAAGGUGUUCUUUGUAGACAUGUGUUGAGGGUUUUCCAAAUAUUGGAAUUAAGUGAAGUUCCUUCGCGCUACAUCUUACAUCGAUGGACAAGAAAUGCCGAAGAUGGUGUUUUCCCUGACAUAGAAUCAUGGAGUAGCUCUCAGGAGCUAAAAAGUUUGAUGCUAUGGAGUCUAAGAGAAACAGCGUCUAAAUACAUAGAUGCUGGUGCAUCAUCCAUUGAAAAGUAUAAACUUGCCUAUGAGAUUUUGCGUGAGGGUGGGAGAAAGCUGUGUUGGAACAGGUGAAUUCUUUCAAGUUCUGUAAGGUUGUACAUAGUUGCACAAUUAACUUUUUAGCUUGAGUUGUUCAUUUAUAGUGGCAUUUUGGCUCUUCUAAUGUAAUGUUCAUAUUGCCGGUUCAAUUAUCACUGUGCUUACUCCAAAGAUGGAGUGGUCAAUACCAGUUUUUGAAGUAGACCUCACUUUUUUAUCAACAGACCAUGUGCUUAUCAUAAGGAGUUACAUUGGUUUCACCAAUGGUUUGUUUCAAUUGACUUAUUUGAGCUUAUGUAUUGAAUAUAUCACAUAACCACUUGGGAGACGGUUUGAAAGAAUCUAUAGAAAUAACUUAAGACGUA